UACAUACCGUUCUAUUAUUGUUAAUAUUGAUAUCUACCCAUUAGCACAACAUUAUAGGUACAAUCUAUUAUAUUCUGUGAAAUCAGAUUUGGUACAAUUUAUAGCGUCCAUGGGCUCUGCGGCGACUUCUACAGCUGGUGGCCAUUAGUUCAUCGCCUGCGACCGACGCAGUCGCUUCGAUCGCUCCGCACCCAGCCAAUCGGCAUCUAUAGUGCCACUCUGAGAACCCCAAUAUGGAUAUCGCCACCAAGUCAAGCAAAGCUGCCUUCUCCAUCGAGAAUAUCCUGGAGCAGAAGACCUCAUCGGAUCGAUCUCAGUCGCGCAGAGGCUCCUCUCACAGUCCCGUGGCGGGAGCAGCCGGAAUACCUUCUCCCCCUGCACUGACCAUGCCCAAGGCAUCCUUGGCCACUGUUUCGUCCUCCGCCGCGCCCACUUCCUCUCCCUCGUCCACCACCAACAUCUUCGAUCUGUCCCGCGAGGCAGCUGCCGCCCAGUAUGCCAUGAAGAGUAUGGACUCCAGUGCCGUGCUGGCGCCCACCUCGCUGCGCUUCAACCCCAUCUACCCGGACCCCGCCUCGCUGUUCUACCAGCAGGUGCUCCAGCUCCAGAAGAACCCCUCGCUCUUCAUGCCCCACUUCCAGGCAGCCGCAGUGGCCGCCGCAGCCGCCGUCCAGCCGACAAGCUAUUGUGAUCAAUACAGUCCUUUCACCAUGGACUGCGAAGGAUUCCCCAACCCGGCCUCCGCUGCAGCCGCUCUCUACUGCAACGCCUAUCCGGCGGCCAGCUUCUACAUGUCCAACUUCGGCGUGAAGCGAAAAGGUGGUCAGAUCAGAUUCACCUCCCAGCAGACCAAAAAUCUCGAGGCCCGCUUCGCCAGCUCCAAGUACCUGUCGCCGGAGGAACGGCGUCACCUGGCCCUCCAACUGAAGCUGACCGACCGACAGGUGAAGACCUGGUUUCAGAACAGACGGGCCAAGUGGCGACGGGCCAAUCUCAGCAAGCGCAGUGCAUCCGCCCAAGGAGUAGCAGCCGCUGCCGCGGGAUCCCCCUCCUCCGCUUCGAGCAGCAGUGUUCCCGUGUUGAGUCUAGGCAGCGGGAGCAGGAGUGGCCAGCAGAGCGACGAGGAGGAUCGGAUGUAUCUAUCCGAGGACGAUGAGGACGACGACGACGAAGAUGAAGGGGAGGCGGAGGAGAAUCCCAAGGGAAGCUAGGGGAUUGAUUGCCCACUGACUCAUAAGUUAGAUCAGCUUGUAGUUAGG